GCACUUGAUUGGUUGAAAUCCUAUUACUGGGAACCUCAGAAGUUGAAGAUUCCAUUUAGGAAAGACGGAACCACAAACGUCAGCAGAGAAAUUGAAUCUAGACUUCGUGAAUUGGCAUCCUGCUUGAAUGUUGAGAAGAGUCCCCAGCUUGGAUAUUCACCAAGCAAAGGAAAACGUUCUAAGAAAUAUACCAAAAAGACCUUGAAAACCCUUAAGCAAUUGUAUUCUUCCUUCCCAUCAGAAGUAGUGUCUAUACUAUUGGAGUUUUUGCUGAAGGCUUUAGAUUCCUCAAAUUAUGUGGAACUUCCAAAAGAGUACGAAGCUGGUCAAAAUCCAGAAAAUUUGUUGGAUGAAUGGAGGCUUGUGAUAACAAAACUCUCCAAUGAAGAACCAGAAGUGCUUCUUAAUCUUCUCCAGGCCAUUCUUGAUAUGGUUGGAUCUCAUAAACACAUGGAAAAUGAAACAGAAGGGCAUCUUCUAUCAGAGUACAAGACAGGCGCAUCUCAAGUGCAACAUCUUUCUUAUUUAUUUCUGUGGCUUGUUGGACACAUCAAGGGACUAAAGCAUUCUUACCAGAAUGGUUCUUUGAAAAUAAAUGUCAUGAAUGCAAUACCCAUCGAGUUUUUACGUAAAUGUCUUCUAUUGUCAGCAUGUGGCAAUAACCAGCUCAUGGAUUCUGCCAUUCAACUAUCAGAGCUUAUGGGAGUCCAUCAUUUCAAGGAGGAACUUAGAAAGCUAGCUUUAUUACGUUUGCCCAGUGAUUAUGUUGCCGAAGAAGAUUCUUCUAUUACAAUGGCUAAGACCCUUGUCCAGCAAGAGGAAUCUAUUCAAGAAGCAGCACAGAAGCUAGAGUGGGUCAAGCUCGAAAGAAUGAAGACCAAAGGUAUCAAAAGAAAACACAUUGAUAUGGGAAAUUCAAAGAGAUGGGUGAAGUUAGAAACAUGGAACCCAUGUCCAAUUGGUAUGCUACCAGCUCUUAUGGGGUCUUCCGGUCAGUUUCCCGCUCUUGAUAGUGAUGACAUCCCUGAGAAGGGUUUUGAGGUUACAAUUGAGGACUGGGAGCUGAGGCAGUGUGGUGAAAAGCGAGAAGCUAGUUGCGACACUCAAGAGUUAGACAAUUCAAGCCUUAAGAAGAUGAGGGAGUCAGUUGAGCACUGUGACUUAGAUGGUGAAGAUUGUUUACCAGUGGAAGACAUCGGAAGAGAUACACAAUUGUUGGACGGUUUAUGUCCAAAGACGAUAAGGAAGACGAGGAACUUGGUAGAGAAAUGUGAACCAGAUAGUGAAAAUGGUCCAUCAAUGGAAGGAUUUCUUAUGAUGGGCGGGGGUUGGAAGAAAGUUGGGAAGGAAGAGCUGUUAGCCAUUGGGUCUGCUGUAAAGAUUUGGGUUUAACACCUGCUCCUGAUUAGCCGCCUAUUAUUUCAAUCCGAUUAUGUUAUUUAUAGUAUA